AUGGAUUUGGUAGUGGGCCGAUUUGCGGUCUUAUCGUCCCCCGUCCUUUCAAAUGUAAUAUGUGAUGUAUUUGAAAUUGUUUUAAAAGAACCGUUAUUGUUAAAUACAUUUUUAUUACAUGCAUCAUUAGUGGGUGGUAUUUACCUUAAUUUUGAGCAUUUAUCAUACGAUAAUCAUAUUGAGUAUUUGCACCUUUCAUCUAUUGGUUAUCCUCAGUUAUUAUUAUUAUUAAAUUACUUACCAAAAAUUCGUUCAUUAAAUGUCCGACUUAUAAAUCGAGGGGAAAUAAUGCCAAACGACGACAUCUAUGAAAAUUUAGGUCAACAUGUGUCAAAUUUAAUUGCAUUUACUUUGGAAAACUCCGUUAUACGUUUCCAUUUUAUUAAUUUAUUAUUAAGAAGUCUUUCGUUAUCAACAAAACUAUUUAUCUUAUAUAUCUCACUGUCGACAAUGUUGAAUUUGGAUAUAUAUUGUAAUGCAUUAAACCCGAAUGAAUAUGAAUAUGUUGAAUCUACAUUUCAAACUUCUUUUUGGCCUGAAAAGCAAUGGUCAAUAAAAUGUGAUUAUCAUCAAGAUUUUAAUAGAAUACAGAUUUAUUCUGUAUCAUUAAAUAAAAUUAAUUUUAAAACACGUUUAUUCUUAUCAAGUAACAGAAUAAGAGAUGUUUCAUCGCUGCCAGCAUUUUAUGAUAAACUUGAAGAUUUAUCAGUGUCAUUAAAUAGCCAAUCAUCAACAUCUGUUGUAGAAUGUCGAUUAUAUCCAAAUGUAACGUCAUUAACGUUAUCAUACACAUUAAAAACAAUGCCGAUAUUAUCAGCAACAACGAUCCUUUACCAUCUCAGUCAAUUAAUUCAAUUUUCAAAUCUGAAACAAUUAACUGUUGAAGGUUAUGGAUUACCAAUUGAUUUGGGUUAUCAAUUACCAAUUGACUUGGCGUAUCAAUUACUGGAACAAUUGAUAAAUUUGAAUUCCUUUAUUACAUCAUUUGAUUAUUUAUUGGACUUGAUAGAAAGUAAUCCUACGUAUUUUAAGCGAAUUAAAAAUCUAACAGUUUAG